GCGGCUGCAAGACUACGCCCAGACGCCCCUGAAGGUUAGGAGGGGAAGCCCCGUCUGGAAGCAUGAAGCUCAUUCGCUGGAGUAUCGAGGACAGAAAGAGGAACAGCUCCAGCCUGGCCAGUGAUUCGCCCACACAGAUACGAGGUCCCGCCCCAAAUGGCAGGAAGCAGGAGGGCGUGACCCGCCGGCCCUGGUUGUCAAGGAAACGAUCUGGAAAGGACUGGGUGUAUUUUGGGGCGAUGAUCAGGAGCGUUACCUGGAUCGAACAUGUCCGGUCGGUGCCAGCAGUGUGGGUCAUGAUGGAUGGACCACAUGUUGACCAACACGCGAGUCCCAUGGCGGAUGGCGUGCCCACCAAUGCUGUGGCCAGAACCAAAUGGUAGCUUUGGCAGGUGCAGGUGCACAAACGUUUGCCAUACCUGCUUUCCUUCAUGGCACUAUGUGGGAUCAGCACUGGGCUGACAGGCCGGAUCCGCAUUCCCUCGUUGAUGACGCUGUCCAGGUAUGGCAGCCGACCACGAUCCGCCACACACACUGGCCGCUCGCCGCCCACCUGCUCGUCCAGCUCCUUCUGCACGCGCUCCUGGACCUGUGUGGUGGUGGGGCGGGAAAAGGUGGUAACCGCACUGCCCACUGUCACCGAGGCAGUGGGCGCCAUAUGUAAGGCGUGCAGUGCCUACCUCAGGGUGGUGCAGCAGGUAGGACAGGAUCCACAGCAGGGUGGUGGACGUAGUCUCCACGCCAGCGCCAAAGGCCUCUGCCGCAGUCAUUAACACGUGGUCAUCCGUGAUGGCUUCCCCCUCUGGCCCGGGUGAACUUUGACCCUUCAGCAAGGCAUCGAGGAGGUCUCGAGGCUCGCCGUCAUUCAGCGCCGCCUGUCGACGACACUUUCUUUAAGAACACGAGGCCAUGUGGCCGCUGCACUCUGGUGCCCUCUGCUGGUGUCCGUCACCUUGUGUUCCUGCAGUUUGCGCACCAGAAGACGGUCUCGCAUAGCAACGCAUGCCUGCAGCUCUCUCAGCGACGAGCUGGGGAACACCUGAGUGCCACAAGACACCCGUGAUGGUGAGGGAAUGGUUCUGGUUCCGGUUCUGGUUUUACCUUCAUCCAGGAAAAGAUGUCCACAAGUCCUCCCCUGGCGAUAGUGCGCACGAUGCCGUCAUUGUAUCGAAUCACCUCCUGCAGCUCGGCGUCGCCGUGGCGGUAGGUGGUGCUGAACACCAGCGUGCACACCACGUUGGUGAUGGCCGUGUUCACCGCAGCCGAUGGGUCGAAGCCACACCCCCCAUAGGACAACAAUAUUUUGCACAGACUUUCCACUUCAGACAUAACUGUCAGGAAGUAAAACAAUAGAGUGUCACGUGGUAAAAGAGUGGGCGGGAGCGAGUUCCUACCAAUUUCCUGCAGGCGACCGCUUCCUUCUCCAAACAGAGCCAAGGAAUUGUGGACUAAACGUCGGUGCAGCUUCCAAAGCAACGAGUAGUCAGCGAAGGCGAUGUCUUUCCCACCUCUGGUCAACAGGUCCGUGGUCACCUGCCGAGCCACGCCCCCAAACUUAGUGAGAGUGGCGCUUGACCAUUAAUACAAUGUGGCAAACAGGAAGUGGUGUCACCAUGCUGGGACGGCCUGCAAAGUCUCGUCCUCGCUGCAGCAGAACUUCUCUGGCGUGGACGUGAGAGUUGACCACCACUGUGCGGUGCGGCCCAAGGUAGAGCUCAAACAGCGGCCCGUACCUGACACACACACACACAACAAUUGCGCUCACUCCAGUGAAGUCGUCUUUCCGGAGGUCAAAGCUCUCACCUGUGGCCCAGUUGCGUGAAGAGUAGGUGUGGGGGGAUGGUGCCUCCUAUCCAGGGGAGGCUGCCUAGGAUGGGGAGGCGUGGCAGGCCAGGGAUGGUCCCCCUGCCGGCGGGACGAAGCCUAUUUGGCACCAGCAGAACCAAGGUAGUGAGGGUAGCGAGGACGAGCAGCACAAGAAGGAGCGGAGUGACACUCCCGACCAAGAUGGAGGCCAACAUGACUAUGAUGAUGGGAUGUCGGCGGAGCAGCUCUGCUUUUAAAGUCUGACGCCUGGAGCGACCUUGUCAGAGGUCAUGUGCUUGUUGUUGCCGUGUUUAUCUGCGUCAGCCGACCUCGCCGUUAUCAGGUUGUCACGGCAACCUUAAGGCAGGCCCAGAUUGUGUUGAUGAUUGGACAAGCCAUAGAGUUGCCAUGGCAACACGAGCUGUUAGCAUGUUGGACAUGUUGGACAUUCUCGUCUGUCACCAUGGAAACAACAUCUCUGCAGCAGUGCAUCACAGACCAUGGAGUCCUUAGCGUGCACAUGAUGCAGAUGUUCAUCUAAACAGGCGUUGGCAUGACAACAGCUCUCUCACACACACACACGCACACACACACACACAGUGCAUGUAUCCGCAGUGGGGUUCACAUGCGCCGCUGCAGUGAGGAAAGCCCACUGCUCCUUUUAUGGAGCGGGGAUGCCCGCUGUCACCACAGGAAGUCAGCCAUGUUUGGGCAUCCUCAACGUGCACGGUGGGGGGAAUCCCUCACACCGCUCUUCACCAAUGAGGAGGCGCUCGCGUUGCCAAGGAGACCGAGAGUAUAAAACGGCCAGUGAGUGGAGGAGCUCGGCAUCCUCAGCACCAGCGAGCGGAUCAACGGAACCCGGUUGCAGAUUCCUACCUGAAGACCUUUUAGAGGGAAUUCCCGCCAUGCUUGCCGAGCACCACCUCAGCUUCCUGUCUGACUUGGAGGACGCGUGCAGCACCUGGGCAGACAGUGUGGAGUCGGACCUGGCAGUUGUUUCCCCGGGAACUGACGCCUCAGACUCAGAUUUCUUCUCCGACUUCAGCGACUCUGACUCGCUCUCCCCAUCCGUCGCCUGUGGUGGCAGCUUCCUGCCUGAGCCGACGGCAGGCCUGAGCAGCACCGCGGAUGCCAUCCUCAACAUGAUCACAGAGAUCGUGGGAAUAUGCAGCGAGAUGGAGCACCAGGGGGACGGCGCCUGCCAACCUGUGGCUACGCCCCCUCCUGUGGCUGUUAAGAGCGAGCCGACGAGCUCCAGCUGCGGUGCCAAAUGCGGGGUGGCCUCAAUGAGUGGGAACAGCUCCCUCCCCACGCUGGGCACUCCGGAUUUUAUCGAGGCUCUGCUGAGCCAAGAUGGUGGCCAAGGCGAGGUCAAACAGGAGGAGGACUGGAUGAAGGACUGGAGCGUCAGUACCGAGGCACAGCACGCCAACUCCCCCCUGCCCUCCACCCUGGAUGCCAACCUCCUGUCCUCCCUCCUGCAGGGUGCCUUCCCCACCAUCAACCUGGGUAGUGUGCAUGUACCGGGGCGCACCCGAGUGUCACGGAGAGCUCCCGCCAAGAGCGGCAUGAAGGCCAAGGCGUUCCCGUGCUCCGUGGAAGGCUGUGAGCGCAGCUUCUCGCGUUCGGAUGAGCUCAACAGGCACGUGCGCGUCCACACGGGACAGAAGCCCUUCAAGUGCAGCGUGUGCGCACGGAGCUUCAGCCGCAGUGACCACCUGACCACGCACAUGCGCACGCACACGGGCGAGAAGCCGUUCUCCUGCGACGUGUGCGGGAAACGUUUUGCACGCAGCGACGAGCGGAAGCGACACGGCCGCGUGCAUGUUAAACAGCAACUCCGUGCACAGAUGAUGGCUGCCUACUCACUGGCUGUGAGUGCCGUGGUUUGACGUGGCAACGCAAAGGUGUUUUUGGCCUCCUGGUGAGGUGGAGGACUUCCUGCAUGAUGUGACAAUGUCCAUGUUUGUACCAAAGUUCUAUUUUUCUAUAUGUUUCUACCUGCUGUCAUACCUGUCAUGUGACUUUUUUAUGACUUGCACUGAUGCAUUGUGGGAUACGUGUUUAAUGUCCCGCCCCCUGCUUGAGGAUGCUCCAAUAAAAAACAAAACAUUUCA